AAAAACCAAAAUAAUUGAAUUUAGUAAUUUUUUUUUUAUUUCAAUCAUUUUUAUCAUCAUGAAGAUAACAUUUUCUGUCAUCUUCUUCAACCUCUUCAUCAUCACCACCACUUUCCCACUUCUCUCCACCUCUUCCGACCUAAUCUACGACUCCGCCGGCAACAAGCUUCUGAAAGGUCUCCCCUACUACAUCCUCCCCCUCCUCCGUGGCACCGGCGGCGGCCUCACUCUUUCGCAAACCACCAAAAACACAUGCCCAUUAAACAUCACUCAGGAGCCAUUUGAGGUCAACAAUGGAGUUCCCUUCAUCUUCACCCCCAUAAUUCUCGACGAACAAUUCGUCCGCGGAUCCUACCCAACUUCAAUCGAAGCUGAUGUUCAGAAGGACCAAAACCCUUGCCAUGGAUCCAACAUAUGGACGGUUUCGAAGGUAAACGUAGCCAAGGAUGACGACGACGACGAUGAUGAUGCACGCUUUAAGGACCAUAAAGAUCAUAAGAAAAAGAAACAUGAUGAUGAUGAUGAUGAUGAUGAUAAGAAAGAUUUUACUCCGGUUUCAAUUGUGACCACCGGCGGCGAGUUCAACAAGCCAGAAAGCUGUUUUCAGAUCGUGGAAGAUGACAUGAUGCCGGGAUUGCUGAGUUACCAGAUUCAGUAUUGCCCGUUUAAAUGUGGUUCGAGUAGUACGGUUCUUACUUGCUAUAACGUCGGCCUUAUAUCGGACGCCGACGACAAGAAAUAUCUUGGUCUGACUGAUGCUAUAUUUCCUGUUGUGUUUACGAAUUCUUUUGGCACGGUUAAACCGGCUAAAACGUUAACGUUAAGUACGUUUAGUCGAUUAUCGGCCAAAAUGACCUCAUUUAGCCGUUCGGCUAAAUGAGGUUUUUUAAAAAAUUUUGACGUAAAUUAAGUUGUAUGAAAGGAAAUAAACUUGUGAUCUUGAAUUAAAACAUAAAAAAAAUGAUUGAGCAUUCGAAGGGCAUCAAUAAUUGAACAACAAAAAGUUGAAUCAUUCAAACUAUGGCUUUAUGAAUCUGUAUUGGAAAAUUAAUGGUAUGGUGUUUGAUAGAUGAUGUUAAAAAUACACUCUCUCUGAAUUGCUAAGAGUUGAAUCUUGUUUGGUAAAAAAAAAUCUGCAUCUUAUGAUCUUGUAUCUUGCAUUUCCCUUAACCA